UGAUCGAAUAUAUACAUCCAGAGCUCAUCGCUUCGAUGGUUGUCACUGCAUGACAUGUAGCCGUUUGCCAAAGCAUUUACCCUAUUAAAUAACAAUUUGGCUGUCAUUGAUCGAAGUUGUAAAUUCGAGGUUACCUGAUAUCAUAACACACCGUAGACUCGCCUCUUAUUAAAUAAAAUUGAAAUCAACUAAAGCAUUAAAGUGUCCGCGGAUGGCAUCGAAUGCAAAUUUAGGAAAAUUGAUUUUGUGCAUCGCAUUUUCGAUUUUCUUGUACUACUUUUUCUGGAUAGCAAUUUUGCCGUUUAUGCGUGUUGAAGACGACAAUUGGAUCCUGUACUGUUUCCCACCGCUAAAAUACGCAUAUGUGAUACCUCUGAUAUUCGGAACAUUGUUUGUCGGUUCAAUUAUGGGUUUCACAAUGUAUCAUGCUAAGAGAUUUAUUUGGUUUUUCUGAUGUACUGUUGUUGCUCACUGCAUCCCAUUCAGAAAAAUUAGAAAAUUUUAGUUUAUUGAAUCAACAAUCGGUAGCAAAAAAUCCAAAUAUUUUACCGUUCUCUCCAUUCGAGAAAAAAUUAACUUUCAAUUCUCGUCAUACAUUCCUUAUCGCACAAAUUGAGAAAAAAAUUGUUUUUUGCGUUAUCACUAAUUAAUCAGUGAAGAGCUAUAAUACAUGUUUGAACAAAACGCUGCUGAACGAAUUUUGUGCAGUUCAAUAAGUUAGAGGGAACAAAACAUCGCUUCAACAUGGCUUGGCUGGUGCUAGGUAUAUCCGGGGUCACAUGUGGCGGAAAGACAACCAUAACGAAAUUGUUACAAGACUACCUGGGCGAUUUGGCGAACAAGAACAUUCUAAAUGACAACAUCACAAUCAAAUCGGUAAAAAUGGUAUCGCAGGAUGACUAUUUCUGGCCGGUAGACAGUCCGCAUCACACACUCUGCGACCAUUUGAAUCACAUCAACUGGGAGAUUCUAUCUUCAAUGGAUAUGGACCGAAUGUGCAACGAUUUGAAGGAGUUGAUAGGACACGAAUCGAAUCUGUACCGGCGACAAUCUUCGGAUGUUCCAAUGGACUUAAAUAUCCUAAUUAUCGAAGGCUUCCUAAUAUUUAAUCAUCCGGCCAUUUUCGAUCUCUGCCAGAUAAAAUUUCAUUUACAUUUACCGUAUGAAGAGUGCUACAGACGGCGAUCGAAUCGAGUCUAUGAUCCGCCGGACGUUGUGGGCUAUUUUGAAGGGUACGUUUGGCCGUUGUAUGAGAAACAUUUUCGCAAGUUUUCGGAGAGUGGUGAAGUGAUCAUGCUAAAUGGUAGUAUGAGUAGAGAGAAAUGUUUCGUUUUCGUUCUGAAUUGUAUUAGAAAUUCAAUAUGAUCCGUAGAUUGAUUCCAAAGGUGAAAAGCACAACGUUAUAGGUUGAUUAAUGAAAUGUAAUUUCAUUGAAUUUGUUCAAAGACUCCGUUCUUGUACAAGGUAGGGUUAAGAUUUAUGUACAACAUAAAUGGUUGAAUUAAAUCAAUUUUUUUACCGCA